UACAAUUUGGUCACACUGAAAAUGUGCUGCAGUUGCUGCUAAAAAAGUAUAAUUUGUUGAAGAGUUUUUUUUUGUGUUGAAUCCCAUGCUGUAACAGUUAAACUUAUAAGAAAAUAAAGUUAAUUAUUAAGCAAGCGUAAAAGUAAGAAAUUUUCCACAAUGGAUUGCAAUCUGGGCAGUGAAAUUGGCCAGAAGAUGCGCAGUGCUGUGAAAGCGAAACUGCUCGAGUUGGGCACCGGCGGCUCGGCCGGCUUCAUAGACGACGAAUUGCCCGACUAUGUGAUGGUGAUGGUGGCCAACAAACGCAGCAAACAGCAGAUGAACGCCGAACUGAAUCUCUUUCUCGGGGAUCAGACCGAUCUCUUUGUCACCUGGCUGCACGAAGUGCUCCAGAAGCUGCAGGAAGUUACGCUGCCAGCUGGAAGUGCAAGUAAAAAGCGCAAGUCGCGCCAGCUAGAAGCGCCCAAGUCGAAGGAGAAGGAGAAGGACAAGGAUAAGAAAAGUAGAGAUAAACGCGAUAGAAGAGUGCACAGAAAAUCAGGUGAUGAGUUAUUGAACACGUCGACGGAAGCAGCGAACAAAUCGUCAGACAGCAUGCCGGCAAUUAGUUCGAUCACGGAUGUUUUUGCCGAAGAGCUACUGGAGAAAGCCAAAAAGACGCUCGAUCUGGACACUGGACUGAAAGAUGAACAGAUGCUAAAGAGGAAGAAACGUAAGGAUGAACAGCCGCAAGCGGCACAAGCGCUGGCCUCAGCUGAACCAGCUGCCAAAGAUGUUGAGAAUCCAACAACCAUGUCAGAGAUUAGCUCCACAACUAUUGCGAGUGGUAAUCGAGAGAAGGAUAUGGCCGAGCUAGCCGAAAUACAGCGAAAAAUCUAUGCUGCAAAGCAGCAUUUGCGUCAGAUAGGCGAACUGGAUGAUAAUAGUGACGAGGAAGAGGAUGAGGACUUAGCGCCUCAUGCAGAGGAUGAACCAGAUGAAGCAACACCUAAAGCGGUUACAACCGCAACAGGUGCAGCAGCAGAGAACUUAAGUCUAAGCACACGCAAAGCUAAAAGUCCCAUUGUGUUCAAUCGAACACCGGAAGCGCACCAACCAAAGGCCUCUAGAGAUAAACCGAAAGUAGCUCAUAUUGAAUCCAAAUCACCCGCUCCAACGGUUAUCGAUGAGCGCGCGGAGCGUCGUCCUGUGCACGAGCGUCUUGGUUGCAAGCCGCCAGCUGGUGUUGCAGCACCUCCGCUGCAGGAGUCGCAAUCGCCGCCAGAGACACAGCGCUCACAGCGUGCUGCACAAAAGGAGCUAGAGCUGUAUGUGCCAGCGCAUCGUCGACACAGCGAACAGCAGCAGCAAGAGGAGAACAAAAAAGUCGAGCGUGGCAGAGAGCGCAGUCAACGUAGCACUAAUGAAAGGCAGUCCAGUCGACGACGGGAGAAGGAACGAGAGCGUCGUCGAACACCGAGCCCGAGUCCGGAGAGCAAUUACAAACAUCGCAUUGGAUCGCGUGUUAUUGUGGCUGUGAAUAAGCCGCCAGUGCCAUCCGACGAUGAGGACAUUCUCGACAAGCCCGUCAAUUCGGUGAUCAAGAUCAAGCCACGACCCACUGUUUCGCCACGACGUCAGGCCUGCAAGAAUUUGCUGCUGCGCGCCGUGGCCGAUGCUCAACGAUCUACCAUUUUGGCCAAGGCUCCGGUGACGUCAGGGACGGCGCCUGCUGCAACAGCUUCCAAGCAACGCAUGAGAAGUGAUGAGCCGGAGAUUAUUAGCUCUACGCUGGGCAAGCGACGUUCACACGAAUCUGUGGGCAGUGGAGCGGGCAAGGAGCUGUUUCGUCGCAGUCGGCGAGAGCUUGUUGUGAAUACAAUGCUGCACAGGGAUACGAAAAGCAGACGCCAUUCGGGUGAACCACAUGCGGAACAGAAACUGAGCGCCAAAGAGGAAGUGGGACAGGACGAAGAGUCCGAAGAGGAGGAGGAAUAUGUGCCCAGUUUGGGUGUCAGCGACUAUGUGGCGUAUGUGCCGCAAUUAGUCGCAGAUCUGGACAUGGACCAGGACAUGGAGAUUGAUAUGCACAUCGAGAAGAAAGCUAGCAGCUCGGCUUCCGGCGCGGCGAGCGUAUCCAAGACACAGUUUGUGGUGACGUUGAAUGGCGACAAAUCGCUGGGAAAUGCCGCCGCUAGCGCCUAUCGGAAGCGUUCACGCAAACGCACCCCAUCGCCCCAAGUGUCCUCAACCAGUUCAACAAAUGCUCAGCUCGCAAAUCCGGAACCCAGCUCUACGUCAACGACAUGCUCCUCCUCAACGAACAAUAACAGCAGCAACAGCAGGCGUAAUAGAGUUAAGCGAGCAAGAAGCUCUUCUCGUUCAUCGCCCUCCACAUCAAGCAAUACGCCGCCACCAAAGCCAUCCCGUAGUCUGCAUCGGAGCGAAGUGUUGCGCCAAACGCAGGAGAUUAAGAAGAUUAUUAUCAAGAACGAUGCGGAUGACGAUGAGGAGGAUGAACAUUUGCAAGCCUUGUCGCACAAGCGUUUGUCUAGAAAACGCCCAAGCAGCAGCAGCAGCUCCAAUGUUGCCGCAUCCAUAUCCAAUGAGCACAAGUUGGACAGCAGAAGGGAACAGCAGCUGGAGGAAACCAUGCGCUCUACAACGCCGCCGUUACCACCAAAGCAUCUGGAUAAACGCGGCGAUACUCACAUAGAGAAAUCCUCAUCAAUUGCAUCUGUGGCAGUGGCAGCAGCAGCUGUGGAAGCGCCUGCAAAGUCCAAGCAUACUCCCAUACGAUUUAAGCUGAAGUCAGAUGAGGAACCACAGCACACCCAGUCGCAGUCACAAUCGCAGUUGCAGCCACAAAAAAAACGGCGCUCACACAGUAAAGAGCGUGACGCAUCAACGGAGCGACGGCGAAUCUCUAUUAGAAAUGCAGAGGACAGGAAAUAUGAUAAUCUGCCGGCAUUGAGUGCAGUCAAUGUGGAUUCGACCGUUUUGAAAGUGACGAAGCCAAAGGAGCGCUGCAAAUACCAUCCGAACUGCAGCAAACAAUUUUGCGAUUACUAUCAUCCAUCCGCACCCUGCAAGUCUUUUCCCAAUUGCAAGUUUGCGGACAAGUGCAUGUACUCGCAUCCCAAAUGCAAAUUUGAUCUGGCCUGCAUGAGCAUCGAUUGCAACUUUGCACACAGUGGCAAUCGGGAUCUUAGUCAUGCACAACUGGCGGCACCGCCUCUAUCCUCGCAUGUGAUACCAGUGCAGAACUACAAAUCGAUAUCGGCGCCGGCAACUGGAACAACGGCAACUACAAUGUGCAAGUACUAUCCGAAUUGCACCAAAGUCGGCUGCACAUUCUAUCACCCGAAACCGUGUCGUUAUGGCAAGAAUUGCAUUAAUAAGCUGGAAUGCAUAUUUUAUCAUCCCGAAAUGCAAAGCAAAUUCAAAUGGGUCGCCUCAUUGGGCUAAUCAAAAUGCUCGCUUUUUCUCUCUUUUUCUUGUUAGCAUUUAUUAUUUAGCGAAUUGCAUACAAUUAUCCUAUUUAUAUUCAUAAAACGAGGACUUCAACCAGAUUCAUGAACCUAACACUAUUCAUAACUCUUUUAUUACUCUACGGAAUUGAGUUUUAUAUUUUGUUAACUCCAAUUUCCUAGUUUUAUAUGCUUAUCAAGUACAUAUUUAAUAUUUUAUACUUUAGGCGAUAGCUUGCAAGAAAAAACACAAAACAACAUGAUAUUCAAAUUGUUGUCUAUAGAUUUGUUGCAUUAUUAUAAAAGAAAAAAUCCUCGUAUACAUUUAAAAGAAGGUGUAAUCGUCAUAACUAAGUGGAUAAAUAAAAUUAGCAAACCAAAUUGCUAUGAAUUGGAUAA